UUGACAUGGACAUAAUAAACGUUCCUGAUGUUAAAACAGUUAUACGCAUUUGGCAAUAUAUUCGGGGGCAAACGGUGUAAAUGAUUCUUCUUUGCUUUUCAAAACGAUCACUUAUCCGUAAUUGUGUUAAAGCUCAUCUGUGCUCUGUAUUCCAAAUUUCUAUAGAUAUUCUACUAAUUUAUACCCCCGUUCUACUUGUUGGCCCCCAGUAUGGUAUUGUCCAUUUUCGGGACGCCGUAUUUUUCCGCCGUUAUGGAAUAGAAACAGCGCAUUACCCAUCAAUACCGAUAACGACCUUAUCAACGGAACCUAAAGCGCGCAGUUGACACAUGCCAGACGAGGCUACAGUGUCAUGUCUGUCUACAAGUCAUCGUGACCCGGAUUUGAUAUCAGCUCAAAUACUUUGCUGUCAUUCAACUUGUUGACAGCUGAAUAAGGUUGACAAAGCCAUUAGUGGUGCUGUCCUGUUCUGAUUGGCUCAACGGUGUAACAUAUGAGAUAAAUCGGCCAAGAUGUCCCUUCGCUUUACCUGUCAACAACUCGGUAGCGUCUGAACAACAACGUAUUGAGCGGUGGCGAGCGACCCUUCAGAGCAGAAACUCUAGUCUUGUCUACUGGCUGUUUCAGCUUUAUGACAAGCACAGAAAAGUCGUCACAGUUUAGUUCACCUUAUGGAGAAUGAAGCAGAUUACCGCGGAGGGAUGACGAUUGACGAUGGAGUGGUAUGGACACCUGACAACCGGCACUUCAAUGAGCUAGGACUACCCUACACUGUUCCACCCUGGAACAAGCACUUCCCUAGAGAGGCACAUAGGCGCUUUUCCUGGAAACGCGUGAGACGCAUGUCCGGGCUAGAGCUCCUGCAACAUUUCACGACGCGGUUUAACCCAACCAACGGAUGCGCGCGCAUCAGCCUACGCCAGGUGGUAUACCGCUGUAACCUGAUCUCUGCAUGUAGACGCGAGUUUUCAGGGCUGAUCGGAGUACAGAAAGCUGUCAAACACUUGUGCAAGCAUUUACUCAAAAUGGAGGAACAUAGGAAAAGAAAUGUCUCAUAUCAUAAUUACAUCGAGAGCCUAGUGUUUUACGCUGUUGGAGACCAGUUCCCGGCAGGCAUCACGGUCGGGAGUCGCCAUAGCAACGGAUCUUAUUAUCAAGAUGGUAGCUCGUUCCAGGGUCCCUCACUAUACAAUCCGCGGACUAGAAAGCAAGAGCUAGCUGUGACGUGCGAGCCAGAAACGAUGACUGAAAAAGGCAGCAACUAUCAGGGAAAUCUCGAUGCCGAUAGUCAAGUGUUUGCCUUGCAAGCUAAACAAAUCAGCUGUCAAAGUAGCAAUGGGGAGGCUGGGACCCUUGAAAAUAAUAUGAAUAAUAUUCAGCCUCUCAAAGAAAACACUAAUUGGCCAAAAACAUUGGCCAAAAACGCUUUUCCUGGUAAUUGUAGAUCUAGGUAUGAUGUUCAGGGAAUUAGUACUACAACUGUAAUUGAUUGUCCUAUAGAGCGCACCUCUAAAACAGACACUAAUAUUUCAACCAGUUCAUCUUUCACUUCUUGUGGCUCGGGGCAAGAUAUUUCUUUGGUUUCUCUUAAAGGAAUUUCCGAUCUUUGUGAGCGUAUUGAAAAUGAAACUCUAAAAGAUUCAGAUCUGGCAGUCAGAAGUAAUGAAGCUCUAGAGUAUCCACCCGCCACGGAAUACACACACUAUGAGUCGUCCAAUAGAUGCUACUCCCCCUUUCAGGUGGGCACAGUGAAUGUAGGAUGUGACGCGUCGAACAUUAUCUGCACCAUAUCUUCCGUUACAUCACUCGCUUAUGAGGACAGUAAGGGGAAUGCUUCGGUGAACAUGAACAAUGAAUCGAGUCCUCAACCAAUCACAGAGCAGUUUGACAGUAGCCGAAAGGGAUGUCACACAUUCGUGUACUCCUCGAAUUGUAAGGUGGUUUGCCAUCAGUGUCCAAUGACUGAAGUCACUCAAAAUGAGUUGUGUGAGAACUGCGUUACAAAGUUCCUAGAUUGCGAGACGCCACAACGGGUGUUACAAGAAGAAUACGUAGAACUUGGUGCGAUGACGGAUCUAUCAGCUAAAAAUGGCGUGACACGUUCUGCGUACGAGUUAGUGACAAACAGACUGCCUGAACUAGGUGAUGGCGUGACAGAUCAUUGCGUAUUGCCAAGGGUGUCACAAGUUGAACGCGCAGAAAAUUUUCUGAUGACGGGUAUAUCAGAUGAAAAUGGCGUGACACUACCUGCGUACGAGUUGGUGACAAACAGAGUGUCUGAACUAGGUGAUGGCGUGACAGAUCAUUGCUUAAUGCCAAGGGUGUCACAAGUUGAACACGCAGAAAAUUGUCUGAUGACGGGUAGAUCAGAUGAAAAUGGCGUGACACUACCUGCGUACGAGUUGGUGACAAACAGAGUGUCUGAACUAGGUGAUGGCGUGACAGAUCAUUGCUUAAUGCCAAGGGUGUCACAAGUUGAACACGCAGAAAAUUGUCUGAUGACGGGUAGAUCAGAUGAAAAUGGCGUGACACUACCUGCGUACGAGUUGGUUAGGGACGGGGUGUCUGAACUAAGAGAUGGCGUGACAGGUUACCGCGUGACGCCACGCGUGGAUACUAUUCCUGUGCUGUGUGAGGACUAUGAGGAUCACGUGUGCAUCAGCGACGACUACCCCUCUCUACUCGCAACCUUUCCCAUCCAAGACGCAGAGAUUGCGUCUCCUCCAAAUGUCGCCCCGAUCACAAGUCAAGGAACCCCUGUAUCUCAAAGCAAAUACGGUGAAUUAUUAGCUGUUAUCGAAGAGCUAGGAAAAGAUAUAAGGCCCACGUAUGCCGGUAGCAAGAACGCAUCGGAACGCCUCAAGAAAGGAAUCAUGCAUGCUAGGGCACUUGUCAGGGAAUGUUUAAUAGAAACAGAAAGAUGUGCAAGACAGUAGAAAGAUGUAAAUAGAAAGUAUAUACUCAACCACUACAUUAUGGCAUGAAAUUACAAGAGUCAUAUUUACUGUGUACAGAAGUAUUUGCUGUACUGAUCAGCCACAUUGAUCCAGGCCUGUAGCUGAGACUGAGUAUCCCCCCUCUAUCCUCUCCCCUCAGCUAACUAAAAACAUUCUUUUGGCGUUUGUUAGUUGUAGUUUAUACUUUAAGGAAUCAUGAUAGUGUGCAAUAGCCACAAGUAAUAGUUAGGUUUCGUUCCAUUGAAAAGCAUCAGAGAAAGUAGACAAAGUUAUUUUUUUUUCAGAAUUAAUCCAUGCUAGAAUUUGUCAAUAUUUUUUAAGUUAAAAGUAUAUUGAACAAAAGUCUAAGGCUUUACUAUCCAAUAUAAGGAUAUACCACUGUGUUAUGAAAAUAUUUAUAAUAAUUAGAAAAUAAAAAAUGCAGGAAUACAUUAAUAAAAAACCAUACAAAACA